UGUUCCUAAGCAGCCCUGGUUUCUGAGGGAAAAUGUAUCGUCUCGGCCCACAGUCUUUCUCCAAGAUCGCUCUCAUUUCCUUUUUGCCUGCUGUGCCACGGGAUUAUUUUCAUUUUACGAGACAAUACAAUAAAGGCUGGUCGUGUAUUGGCUGAUUUUGGAUCAACUUUGUACUUCUAAACUGCGCAAAAAUGCCACGGACCAAGAAGAAGAACGGCAAGGGGGGGCAGCAUGGACAUGUGCAGCCUUUCAGCGAUGAGGACGUUUCCAUAGAGACGCUCAGUCAUUGCAGCAGCUUUAGUGACGCCGCCAGUGUAGCAGAUGAAGGUGGGGAGGUCAGUGAGGACACAGCCCAGGAAGACUUCCAGUACAAGUUGAAAGGGUUCAUUGACAGCACUGUGGACAAGAGUGCCAAGACCAGACAGGGGGCGCUGGACGGGCUGAAGACGGCUAUGGCCAACCGGAUCCUGUACGAGUUUAUCUCAGAGAGGAGGAUGACCAUCACAGACAGUAUUGAGCGAUGUCUCAAGAAAGGCAAAGGCGAGGAGCAGCGGGCAGCGGCUUCUUUAGCAUGCCUGCUCUGUAUCCAGCUGGGCUCCGGUAUCGAGAGCGAGGAGGUGCUGAAAACCCUUAAACCCAUCUUUAAGAACAUUUUGGCAGAUGGAUCAGCCAACAUCCAGGCCAGACAGGCUGUGGCGACAAGCUUGGGUCUCUGUACUUUGGUGGCAGAAGAUGACAUUGUGGAUGUGUUUUCUACCAUGGAGUGCUUCGAGAGCCUCUUCACCCGCUCGUACGCUAAAGGCGAUGGUACCUUUCCCUCACUGAAUCCUCAGAUGAGCCAACUCCACACCAACGCUCUGCUGUCCUGGGCCCUUCUACUCACCAUCUGCUCAGGCAGCCAGCUCAAAGAAGUCCUCCGCAAACACAUGCCCAAACUUCCUGGUCUAUUGGAGAGUGAGGACGUCAACAUGAGGAUAGCUGCUGGAGAGACCAUUGCUUUGCUGUUUGAAUUGGCCAGAGACAUGGACGCUGAUUUUGAAAUUGAUAACUACACUGAUCUGUGCGAUAAAUUGUCUGCACUGGCUACAGACUGCAACAAACACAGGGCCAAAAAUGACAAGAGGAAGCAACGUUCGGUAUUCAGGGAUGUGCUAAAGGCUGUGGAGGAAGGGGACUUCCAGACAGAGACCAUUCGUUUUGGGAACGAGCGCAUGACCAUUGACGGCUGGGUGAGGAAGAGGACCUAUGACGCCUUCAGGGAGUUCGUGGGCUCCGGAAUGAACUACCAUCUACAGGCAAAUGAAUUCAUCCGCGAUGUUUUUGAAUUGGGACCACCCAUGUUAGUCGAUUCGGCUACAAUGAAGGCAAUGAAAAUCUCUCGCUUCGAAAGGCAUCUCCACAACUCUGCUGCAUUCAAAGCUCGGACCAAGGCUAGAAGCAAGUUCAGGGACAAGAGGGUUGAUGUGGGAGAAUUUUAAUGUAUUUUUCUUUCUUUUUUUUUUUUUUUUUUUUUUAAAUGUCUAGUAAUGUAUUUAUAAAGCUAACAUGAACUGUCGCAGCUUCAUAUUUAGAUCUGCCUUAAACUGAGUACUUUGGUUGCUAAACAAUAGUUGUUUGGGUGAAAUCUCGGUGUUUGGCAACCAGGAAGUAGUUUGGGUGGUUAUUUUAAAUGGAACCGCAAAACAAGUGGUGAUGUAAAUAAUGCACGUUUUUUUUUUUUUUUUUUUCCAUGUUAUAAGUUUUAACAUUGUAUAUUUGCUUCUAGUUUGGCAGCACUUGACUUAAACAUAUUGACUAUUAUAUUCAUGUUCGAAGACCACAAAGCUAAGACGAAUACACACCAGUUGCACUAGGUGGAGUAUAAGCUGCUUAUUCCUGUACAACCUUGAUCUAUAUUGUUUUGCAAAGUACUAUGGGCUAAACUGUAUUGUGUGGAAAGUUAAUAUGUAGUAAUAAACACUGAUGAGCUGUC